AUGCCUCCACGCCUUCCUUUCCAGCCUUCUCUCAAGGCUUUCACUGGUUCCUCACAUGUUCAGAGUCCGCUUGCCCGAUUGUCGCUCAACCCAAGCAAAACCUCCGUCAGAGCGGGAUCCGCCGAGUCGAGAGAGCGCCGAAGACAUGAUCCUUUCCUCAUGGCACAAUCGCGCCAGCGCAAAGCCGCGAACCUAUCACGUCAACAGGCCCUCGCGGCGGAGCGUGACGGGUCUGUCGGCGACCCGGUGCACGGAGAUUCGACACCCUUCAUUGAAGAGCUGAAGAUCCAGCAGGCGGGUACGCAAGAGUUUCAUCCAAACCAUUUUAUUACCUCGGAAGAGCUCCUGGGUGCUCUUGAAUACUCUGAGAACUUGACAUCCCCUAUCGAGGAACCGAACAGAGCAGCGGCAGAUCCGCAGCUGGAGAAGGAGAACCAAGAGAGACAUGUUAAGAAACAUUACAACGCCACGGAAGCAAUUAGACGAAUCGUGGAUAUCAGGAACGGAAACACCGGCGACCAAAUGCGCCUUCGCAUCCAGAAGUGUAUUGAGACGUUCGGCCGACACAGGACCGACCAGACCUUGCCCCCAAAGCCCGCAGCUGUUCCCCCAGAGGGGGCCACUCGUCAUUUGGAAAGGGCCCGUCGUGUUGGGCCUGAUACCGGGUCCUCCGAAGUGCAGGUCGCAAUUCUCACCGCAAAGAUUCUUAACCUGUCCCGGCAUUUGGAAACCACCAACAAGGACAAGCACAACAAGCGCAACCUACGACUUCUCGUGCACAAGCGACAAAAGCUGCUCCAAUACCUGCGGAGGAAGGAAAGGGGCGGGCCUCGGUGGCAGAACCUCAUCGAUACCCUUGGUCUUUCCGAGGCGUCUUGGAAAGGCGAGAUUAGCAUGUAA